AUGUCAUCGGCGGAGCCGGAGCUUGGCUCAGCUCGUGUCGUUUUCCAGACGGAUUAUGGAGAUAUUGAGUUUGGAUUCUAUCCAUCUGUGGCGCCACGAACCGUUGACCACAUUUUCAAGCUUGUUCGGCUUGGAGGCUAUAACACUAAUCACUUCUUCAGGGUGGACAAGGGUUUUGUGGCCCAAGUGGCGGAUGUGGCUGGUGGACGAUCGGCUCCGAUGAAUGAAGAGCAAAGAGCGGAAGCGGAGAAGACUGUAAUUGGGGAAUUUAGUAAUGUGAAACAUGUGAGGGGUAUUCUGUCCAUGGGCAGGUAUUCUGAUCCAAACAGCGCAUCUUCCUCGUUUUCAAUCCUUCUUGGAGAUGCGCCACAUCUUGAUGGCCAAUAUGCAGUAUUUGGUAAAGUUACCAAAGGAGAUGACACAUUGAAGAAGUUGGAGCAAGUUCCUACAAGGACCGAGGGAAUCUUUGUCAUGGUAUGUGUAUACUUGGCUGGAGGCUGUGCCUUGACAUGCAAACUAAUGAAAAUGAAUGAUUUCCAUGCUUGUAUUCCUGGAUCUCUCUAUUGGACACAGUGCACCCAUACUACCAAUUGGUUCAUCAUUGUAUGGGAUCUGAACUUUUUUUAA